AUGAUAUCGUUGACGGAAGAUUGUAUUUAUCAUGUUUUACAAAAGCUUAAGGAAGAUAGGGAGAAAUUAUUUAAUUUUCUAUUCGUUAAUAGAUAUUUUUGUAAAACUGUCGUACCCUUCCUUUAUUCUAACCCCUUUGGUCAAGAAUUAAAUCAUCAAAAUGAAUGUUUUUUAAUCAAUACAUUUUUGAAACGUCUUGAUGCGGAAGAGAAAAGUUACUUACGAAAAGUUAACAUUAACCUAUCAGAUGAAACCGAAAGAACACUUUUUGAAUAUGAAACAUAUUUGGAAAAGUUAUCACUUAACGAUUUAACGGUUUCAAUUAGAAUUUGGCUUAUGUCUCGAAUUAAUGAAGAAGUUUCUUUUGUUGAUCAAAAACCACGAAGCACAAUCCAAAUGAGACUUGGAGAUUUAAAACUUUGUUUGUUCACCGGAUUUUUUGAUAAGAUACGAGAACAUUCAUUGUUGGAAUUUUUAAAUACCAUAUCAAAAACUUGUAGGCACAUUACAGAAUUAGGGGUUAUCAUUGACGAACAAUUUGAUAAAGGUAAAUUCCCCUCUUAUAUUAUCAACAUCAUUAAUAAUCAGAACAACCUCUUAAAAUUUACCUUAUCCGAGCCGAGGUACAUUGGGUCAAAUAUAGUUUUAUCAUUGGAAUCGCAAAGAAAUUCUUUAACGUCAAUUCAAUUAGAUUUCGUUCAUUUAUGUCAUGAUCAUAUCUCCGUUCUGGCAAAUUGCUCGAAUUUAAAAAAUUUAAGGCUUUAUUACUGUGGCGGCAUGACCUUGGAUCAUUGUAACCUAAUUUUGGUUAAAUCUAUAUGUAAAGUUGAAAAUUUAACCAUGGCGAGAAAUAGAUGGUCAAAAGAUAUUACGAUUUCUAUUAUUAGUACCCUUGGACGAUCUUUGAGAAGAUUAUCAUUUGAUCAAAUAUCAUCCGAAACUUUGGAAUCAAUAAUUGCUUAUUGUCCAAAUUUGAAAGUCUUGGAAAUUCAAUUUGGAAAGUUCGAUUAUCUCUUAUUAAAAAGAAUGAAGAUUGAUCAUCUUAUUAUUCAUCCAAUUUUUGAUUUGUCUUUAGAUUUUAAAGAACUUUUACAAGAUUUAGGGAGAGGUUUACCUACUACCAUCAAACAUUUUAGUUUUAUCACUCAUAAUCCUUUAUCUUCGGAUAAUUUGGAAAUCUUCUUAGAUAAUAUUAAUUCUUGUUUGGUUAGUUUGAACUUUUAUUUUGAAAUGAAUGAUAAUCUAUUAAAGAUUAUUUUGAAUUAUAUUUUAGAGAAGAAAAGUUUAAAAUAUUUGGGCAUCAAGAAAUUUAUUUCAUUAGAAACCUCCAUGUACUCUCUGGAUGAUGAAUUGAUUAGAAAGAUUAGAGAUCUUGGCGUAGAUAUCUUUUUUUUCGAAAAAAAUUACGAAUCUGAAGACGAAUUUUAUAAUUUGAUGGCAUAG